GAUACGUGACCACCACAGUAUAAACAUGGCAUAUAUAAAUAUGUGGAUAUUUUUUAACAUCCUGACUUCUCUGCAAUAUCUCACGAAAGCCUGUACUCCAUCAUGCAGUGAUUUGAUACAGAUAACAGCUUUCUCGGGAGGGUCUGUGCUGCUUCCCUGCUCCUGUACCGACCCACAGGACGAGCCCAAAAGCGUCUUCUGGGAAUCCAACAGCAAAAGAGCUUCUAAAGAUCGCAUUUACACUGAUAUAUCCAGUGUGUUUGAGCUGUACAGUGGCAGAAUUACACUGUUUAAUCAGACUUCACCUGGAAACGUCUCUCUACUUCGGUCAGACCUGACUAAAGAUGAUCAGGGAUUAUAUGUCUGUUUGUUAGAUAAAACAUCCAGAUUCUUUAACAUCAUCAUUGAAGAGAGAAGUUCUAAGCCGAGUCUCAACAGCGUGUUGAUCUCUGUGCUGUUUCUAGUGAUAGCAGCAGGAGGAACUGCUGUUAUUUACUGCAUUCACAGAGCUCACAGAAAAGCAAGAACAGAGACUGGAGAGAUAAAUGGGAAAAAUAACUUGGACGAUUCAACAUAUGGCACUCUGCAGAAAAAAUAUGAUGCUGAGGAAAUGUAUGGAACUAUCGGGAACAGAUCAAAGGAACAGUAGAAUGUCAGUGUUGUGAAAUGCACCUUACUAAACCCUGUUUGCAACUCAAUGUUAAAUGACAAAUUCAUUGUUAAAAAAACAUCUGUUAAAUAAAUACAUGUUGUAAGUAAAUCUUCAUUAAUGCUUCUGUUAUAUUGUACAUUUGUGCAUGUAUACAUUUAUACAAUUCCAGACAUUCACUGAUUAUUUCUGUUGACAGAAGUCAAAUGAAAAUUAUGUAUUAUGUUUGUUUUUACCUUCUCUUGGCUUCAUUUUGGGCGUUAUACAAUAUUAUAAUGUCCAAAAUGAAAAAGCAAAGCACAUUCUUUACGUUAUAUAGGUCAUUGAAAUAUUGAUCGUAUUUAUCUGCUUUAAUGUGCCCCUAUUAUGGAUUUUUGUUUUGUUGAAAUUACCUUUCAUGCAGUGUGUAACACAGCUCUUAAGUGAAUGAAAACAUCCUGCAAAGUUUUAAAUUGACUCUGAAUCAUUGAAAUGAGUCGUUUUUAAAAC